CCCACAGUCAGUCCGUACUCAACCCUUCACCGCACACAUGCAAGCAGGAGGUCGAUAAUCAUGCACACACUCAUAGGCUAUCUUCCCCUCCUCUAUCCAUCCAUCCAUCCACCGAUCUCCGGCCAUGCAUGGCUAUCGUCUCGUCACUGCACCUCCGCUCCCUCCACCCUGUCUACGCCUCCUGCUGAUGCUGCUGCUGCUGCUGGUGGCUGUGGCUGGAGGAAUGGGUGUUGCAGCACCUGCGAUGCGCUCGGACGCUUCUCGGGGUCGUACUCCCACAAACUAAAGACACAGGAGGCAGGCAGGCAGGCAGGCAGGCAAUGCAGACAUGGCAGCGUGUGCGUGCAUGAGUACCUACCUCCAUAUGAGGUCGGCCAUGUCGGUGUGUAUGUCGGGGAACCGCUCCUUGAAUGCCUCCACCGACGGCACCUCACACGCCUCGUCCUUGUUCCCAUACUGCACACACCCAUCCAUCCAUCCAUCCAUGCACCAUCUCACUUGCACCAUAACGUGUCUCACCCACCUCGAGCAUCGACCCCUUGAAGCUGACCAUCCUAUCGAGGGCGCGGAAGGUCCCCACACCCCUCACGCCAUGCAUCCGCUGCAGGUCGGCGAGCUCCUGCAUGUCCGGCAGGAAGGGCGAGGGCUGCCCAGUGGCCAUGCAGAACAGCACACACCCCGCCGAGAACAUGUCGGCCUUGCUCGACGGCUGCUGCUGCUGGCCCUGCCAACAGACGGGACCGAUCAGCACCUCGGGCGCAUGCUGGCCGAGCGUCCCUGACAUACAUGAGAAAAACGAGACAGUGGCAUGGUGGUGUGUGUUGUGUUGUGUUGUGGUGUGGUGUACCCAUGUAGUCGCGCCAUGGGAUGGCGUGCUUAUCCUUGGCGGCCCACGCGAAGUCACACAGCAGCACACCCGCUAUCCUCCCCCUGCUACCCCCCUCUCCCUCCCCCUCCCCCCUCUCCAAAUUGAGCAGGACAUUGGCCGCAUUCACGUCGCGAUGCGUGACUCCUUUGCCGUGGACGUGCUGCAGUGCCGACAUCAGCCCGCGGGUCACCACGCGCUGCUCGUCGACCUGCAGGGGGCCGUGGCUGUUGACGUGUUGUUCGAGGUCGGUGUGUGCGAGGGGCAUGACGAGGUGGAUGAAGCCGUCCUUCUUGUAGGCGUUGAGGCACUGGAUGAUGUUGGGGUGCGGCACCGGGUUGCUAUUCGUGCCAGCACCACGGGGGAGAUGCUGCACGUACUGCAACAACAGAAACCGCCAGAGGGAACAACCAUCCAUCCAUCCAUCCGGCCAUCCGGCCAUCCGGCCAUCCGGCCAUCCGUCCAUCAAUCCCGUGUACCUGGUGAGCUGCCACCUCCUGGUGAGCCUUGGCGAUGUCAUCCUCCCCCUUCGCCGCUAUCUUCUUCACCACGAGUGUGAACACCGGCACCGGCGCACGCGAGUCGUCACCGCCGGCAGCAGACGAGGAUGUGUCGGCAUACUUGGCACGAUAGAGGGUGCCGUGGCGGCCUUCAAAGAAGGCGUGCUCCUCGAAAAUGUACUCGGGGGGUGGCAUCGCUUGAUGCGCUUUGCAAUGACGGCUAUCUGUUUUACACCAUGGGAGGGCAACCUACCACAGCGGCAUGACAAAAGACUGUUUGGC